AGAGGGGAAGAAGAUUUGCAGUUGAAGAAGCAGUUGCAGUUCAGCUUUGCUUACUAGAGACACCAAAACCUGAGGGAAGUUAGGCCAAGCGUUAGCCUCUUUCCAAGUUUCCCCUCUUUAUUUUCACUUGGAAUCAAAGCAAAGGUUUUUAUUUUUUUCAGUUGAUUCUUGGUCACCAUCUGUAACCCAACUUCACCUUCCUCAAUCCCUUCCUAUAUCUACUUUCAUUAUUUUCUUCAUUUAAAAACCCACCUUGGGUCACCUCUUGUUUGGGGUUGAAGUCAUUUGUAUUUGUGUGUUUCUUUGUUGGUUUUGAGCAGCUGCAGAUACGAAACCUUCUGGUAUUUGUUUCUCAACUACACCAUUUGUUUGUUUGUUUGUUUGUUUGUUUUUGUGCUGAGGAGCAAUUUAUUUGGAAACCAAGUGAGGUAUUGGAGUUUGUUUUUGGAAUUAUGAAUACCCGUUACUCGUUCCAACCGGAUUCGUUGUGUGAUUCGAGCGCCUCGGUUUCGUCGGAUCCUCCUGGUGGGGAAGAUAGAACGGCUGCUGCAGGUUCGCGGAACAGGUCUCCCCGUGCUGCGUCGCUAUUGAUAAGGGCGGUGAUAAGGAUGUCUAGAGCGAGGUGGUUUACCUUCUUGAGAAGAGUUUUUCACUACCAAUACGGAUCGAGGUCCGACCUCGGGUCCAAUCCUUUCAAUUCCAGUACUUGGAUGAUGCUGGAAUUCUUGGCUUUGGUUUUUCAAAUUACCAUCACCACAUUCACUUUGGCCAUUUCGAAGGAGGAGAAGCCUGUUUGGCCUAUGAGACUAUGGAUUGUCGGGUACGAUAUCGGUUGCGUCCUUAGUUUGUUACUUCUUCACGGCCGCUACCGCCAUAUUCAAUUCACUCAAGGAGGCGGUUUUGGCCUUUCCGACGUCGAGCAACAGAGGACGAAUGAAGAAUCGAGGUGCUCACAUUUAAUGAACAAGUGCCGGACAUCGCUAGAGCUGUUUUUCGCAAUAUGGUUUGUGAUGGGAAACGUUUGGGUGUUCGAUUCUCGAUUCGGACCCUUCCACCGAGCUCCGAACCUUCAUGUCCUCUGCAUCUCAUUGCUAGCUUGGAAUGCUCUGUGCUACUCUUUCCCAUUCCUAUUGUUCCUACUAUGUUGUUGUGUGCCACUCAUUAGCAGCCUCCUAGGCUACAACAUGAACAUGGGCUCCACCGAUAGAGGUGCAUCUGAUGAUCAAAUCACCAGCCUGCCUAGUUGGAGAUACAAAGCGAUCGACACCAGCUCGGAGCUCGAUCACGAUUCGGGCUGCAACCCGAGCUGUGCAAACGAAGAUCCAGAGUGCUGUAUUUGCCUAGCCAAGUACAAAGACAAAGAAGAAGUGAGGCAGUUGCCAUGUUCCCACAUGUUUCACCUAAAGUGUGUGGAUCAAUGGCUCAGAAUUAUAUCUUGCUGUCCACUGUGCAAACAAGAACUGGAGAGAUAGAAACAAAGAAGACAAUACCACAGCUGAAAAAAGCUCUUUUUUUUCAUACUAUCCUUCAUUCACCAUGGUGUGAUUUAUAUUUUAUUUGUAUAAUCACAAAGGUUACUUGAGUGAGUUUAUUGUUUUGUACAGUGAAUGCUCACCAGUAACCAAGUUUUUCUUUCCUGGAAAAUUUUAUACAGUUUCUGAGAAUAUGUAUAGCAGAUGGCAAAAAAAGAAUGAACAAUUUAUUAACUUGGUUAAUA